GUCCCCCCCGUGCCCCUGUCCCCGUUUCAGCCAUGCCGGACACCGUGCACUACAUCCACCUGCACAACUUCAGCCGCUCGCUGCUGCGGGCGCUCAACGGGCAGCGCGCCCGCGGCCGCUUCUGCGACGUGACGGUUCGCGCCAAGGCCGCUGCUUCGCGCCUUCACCGCUGCGUGCUGGCCGCCGGCAGCCCCUUCUUCCACGACAAGCUCAGCCUGGGCCACUCGGCCAUCGAGGUGCCGCCCGUGGUGCCCUGGGCGGCCGUGCGCCAGCUCGUGGAGUUCCUCUACAGCGGGAGACCCAUAUUGACCCACAUUGGUGAGAAGCCCCACCAGUGCUCCAUCUGCUGCCGCUCCUUCUCUCUCCGGGACUACCUGCUGAAGCACAUGGUGACGCACACGGGCGUGCGCGCCUUCCAGUGCGCCGUGUGCUGCAAGCGCUUCACGCAGAAGAGCUCGCUGAACGUGCACAUGCGCACGCACCGCCCCGAGCGCUUCCAGUGCCGCCUCUGCCACCGGGGCUUCUCGCACCGCACCCUGCUGGAGAGACACGCCGCCACCGCGCAUCCAGAACCGCCACCCGGACUGCCACCAGGGCCACCACCAGGGCCAUCACCAGGACCACCACCCAGGCUGCCAUUGGGGCCACCACAAGGGCCACCGCUGGGACUCCCACCCGGGCCACAAUCUGGGCCAUCACCAGGACCAACAUCUGUGAUGCAACUCGGGCCACCACCUGGGCCAUCGCCAGGGCCACCACCUGGGCUGCCACCGGGGUCAUCCCCACAAGCAGGGCCACCGCUGAGACUGCCACUAGGGCCACCAUCUGGGCUGGCACUGGGGCUACCACUGGGAUCAUCACCAGGACUGCCACCAGGGCCAGCAGCAGGGCCACCACUGGGACUGCCACCAAGACAAUCACCCGGGCUGCCACCAGGGCAACCAGCAGGGCCACCAUCUGGGCCACCAUCAGGACCAUCACUGGAGCCUGGACUGGGCACGUGGCAGGACGUGGCAGGUGCUGGCCCCGCUCACAUGGCCUGA